AUGAACGAACAGAGAGAUAGCUUCCCAUACUGGGAUAAGAUACUAUCCAUGGAUCAACGGGUAGAGGACUUGAUCCAGCGCAUGAAACUCGAGGAGAAGUGUGAAAUGAUGUUCCAAGACAUGAUUGUAAUGAGAAUAGAUGGCGCUCUCGCUCCAGCCCAACCCCAUUUUGGCAUGCUCAGCAACGAGGACAUGGUGCAUCAGAAAGGAAUGAACCAUUUCAAUUUCUUGGAGGCUUUGGGACUUGCAGCACUCCGCUCGACAGCGCUCGUGGAAAAGUUUGCAAACGUUACUCGCCAGGAAUACCUAGCCAUUGGUCUACGUCUUGCCUUACAUCCGCAGGUCGACCUGGCGACGGAGCCGCGCUGGUCUCGUAUUGGAGCUACGUUUGGCGAAGACUCUGAAUUGAUGUCGAAACUGGUCGCUGCAUAUAUUCGUGGGUUCCAAGGUGCGACUCUUGGCCCUAACUCAGUAUCAACCAUGACCAAGCAUUUUCCCGGGGGCGGUCCACAAAAAGAUGGUGAGGACCCUCACUUCGCCUAUGGUCAGGAGCAGGAUGCAGGCGCUGCCCAAAUUAUGCACUCGUACGGGAUGCCAGUGGGCACCAAGUACGAGGAAGUAGGCUUUGCAUUCAAUAAGGCAGUCAUUACCGCCCACGCUUCUGAUGUCGCUCUGCUACGCUUGAAGGCACCGUUCACGCCACGCACCGGUGCUUUUGAAUCUCUAUUUCAUGCCGGCUCUUUGGAAUAUACCGAAGAAGAAAAGGGUCGCCGAGCUGAUAUAUUUGAAACCGUUCCCACUGUGAUCGUGGAUAUGUACGUUGAUCGGCCUCCUGUUAUUCCAGAAGUUGUGCAAAGAGCAUCUGCCCUCUUGUUCAGCUACGGUAGCACUGCGGAUGCCUUCCUCGACUUUAUAUUUGGAGUCUAUCGACCCGAGGGUAGGUUGUCAUUUGAUCUGCCUUCUUCGACGAUAGCAGUAUACCAGUCUCAAUCGGAUAUGUCGUACGACACCAAGGAUCCUUUGUUCCGGUUUGGCCACGGGCUAUGCUAUGGAGAAUGA